AUGUAUAGUGGUAUUGGUUUUAAUGAAUUAGGAAAUUAUGGAUCUUGUUUAGCCUUACCUUCAAAUACUACUCAAUAUUGUUUAUUUGAAGGUAAUUUUGAUUCAGUAACAUUUUAUAUUGGAGUUUGUUAUCCAAGUUCAAAUUAUUGUUCUCAAGAUGAUAUUAUUGGAUUAAUGACACAAUAUACAAUUUUAAAUGUCUUGCAACUUGAAAUGAGUUUUAAUGCAUCAAAUAAUUUACAUUGUUAUAAUAGUGAAUAUCAAACUGUUAAAAUUCAAAGUAAUGCUGGUACUUGGGUUUUAACUGGAAUUAGUGUUUUCUUCCUUUCAAACAUUUCCAUUGGUACUAUCAUUGAUUAUCUUUUAAUUUAUAAAUUAAAACAAUAUAGAAAAAAUUAUAAUUCACAACACUCUUUAUUAAAUCCAAAAAGUUAUUAUGAACCAAAUUUACUUAAUUUACAACAAAAACAACAACAAGAUGGUGAUGAAGAUUUUAAUCAAUUAGAAUUAACAAAUAACAAUGAAAGAAUUAAAGAUUUAACACCACCUUUUUAUGGAUUUAUUUUUGAUAAAUUUGAUAAAUCCAAUAAUGAUUAUGAAAAUAAUAAACUUGUUAAAUAUUUUCAAUGUUGGUCAUUAAUUAAAAAUUUCAAUUCUUUAAUUUAUGGUUCAAAUCCAAAAGGUUAUUUUCAAUCAUUAGAUGGUAUUAGAACAUUAGGUACAUGUUGGGUAAUUUUAGGUCAUACAAUUUUAUUUGCAACUGAUGGUUUUGGAAUUGAUAAUUUAGAAUCACUCGGAGGUGCUUUUAGUUCAUUUUCAUUCCAAGUUAUUUUUGCAGGUACUGAAGCUGAACUAGUUUCACCUCAUCCAACAAGUCAAUUAAUUACAAACAUUUAUCAAAAACCAUAUUAUAGAAUUGGUGCUUAUAUUGUUGGUAUUUUAAUUGCUUUUAUAUAUACUGAUUCCAAACUAUCUAAAAAAGUUAGAUACAUUUAUUACCUUCGUACAACAAGAUAUAUAUUAUAUUGUGUAUCAUUGUUUAUCACAUUCUUUUUAUCUUAUAUUUCUUUUGAUUUUUAUAAGAAUUCAAUUAAUUUUGUUGGAAAUUGGACAACAAUUCAAAAGUCAUUAUAUAAUGGUUUCUCUCAUACAACUUUUUCAAUUGGUGUUUCAAUUAUUAUUUUAGCAACAUUCUAUGGUUAUGGCGGUAUAGUCCAAUGGUUUUUAAAACUUGGAAUAUGGAAAUUCUUUUCAAAAUUAACCUACUCCUCUUAUUUAAUUCAUCCAUUGAUAAUUGAAUAUAGACUUUACUCAAUGACAAACUUUCUUCAUUACUCAACCAUUGAAUUUUCAAUUUUAUACAUUGGAAAUGUAGUUACAACAUUUGCCGCUGCAUUCGUUAUUCAUUUAUUAAUCGAAAAACCAUUUAUUAAUUUAGAAAGAUUAAUUUUCUCAUCAAAAUAA